GUUCGUUGCUCUGCGAAAAACCCUUCCGUUCGUUCUCAGCAGCACUCCGACCUGACCUCGACAAUCCCAAUCAUGAGCUCCUCCUUCCCCAACUCCACCACCACCGCCUUCGACAGCCUCCUCCUCCAAACCCUAAUGACCCGCCUCCAGAUCCGCCCUCCCCCCUCCUCCUCCGCCUCCGCCGCCGCCGCCGCCGCCGCCGCCGCCCGUCCCCCUCCCCCGCUGUCCCUCGAGGACCUCCUCUUCGACGCCGUCAACAACCUCUCCGAUCUCGACGACGACGACGAGGAGGAGGGGGGCGGCGGCGGCUACGGCGGCGCCGACGAUUCCGACCCCGGCAGGUCCCGGCUCGCCAGGGAGGAGGCCAGGCUCGAGAGGGAGAUCGUCAAGGUCGUCCUCUCCGGGAAGACCGACUCGCUCAAGCCCAACUCCGGCCAGGCCGUCACGAUCGGGGAGCACCACAUCUGUGUCGGGUUCCACGAGGAGACCGGCUCGGAUUACCGCGUGUGGGAGUGGCACGGCCACAUCAUGCUGUUCGACGAUGAGAACGGCUACUCCCCCGAGUACAUAUACGGGAAUUACUUCGAGAGGUUGAAGAGUAAGGCGCGUGACGUCAAGGAGGAGGAGGAGGAGGAAGAAGAGGUGGAGGAGAAGCAGGAGGAGAAGGUGGCCAAUUUGGGGUUGAGGGAGUUGAUCGACGGGGGUGAUUCUGGCGGUGGUCGGAUUCUUCACAGGAUCUUGAACGGGGCUCUCCCAGGUUUUAAUGGAGCUCGCCCAGAUAUUGCAAAGAAAUGAAAUAGGCUUGGAAGGAGAUAUUGCUGAAUGGUGUUUUUUCCUGUUCUCCGUUAGAAAUGACGUGUGUAAAGCCUCCAUCAUCUCUCAAGCUCUUCAAGUUUCAGGUUUUGUGAUUUUGCUGUUGUCAUUUCUGAGCCAUUAUAUACAAGCUGGACAAUACAGAAGACUCGUAUAGGCCUGUGUUGCAGAAUAAAGAGGCUACUUUUCGUUGGA